CUCAUCCUGACGUCAUCGACAACUAUAAAUCAAGCUCACAGUCCUUCGGCUUCUUUCUUCAGCUGUAAAAUAACCUACAUUGUAUACAUAUAUCCAAGCCAAAUAUACGACUAUGAAUAACGAAACCUACGAACCAACCCAACGAACCCACCAUAAUGUCGCCGGCGGUUCCUCAACAGGCUCCCCGGGCAUCCCGACUGGUAUGAAGGAUUCACGAUCAGACUACGAUCCUGCAACAAAGGGCUACAACCCUGCAACAGGGUCAAGCUAUGAGAAGCCAACAGCCCACAGGACAGAGCGGGCAGCGGGACAAGAUCAAUCCUCCACCACGACUGGUAAGAGCUCCAUGGCGGGGUCAAAGGCCGGUGAUAAUCUCGGUCGCGGAGUGAAGGGAGCUGCGGCUUCUGUUCAUGGUGCCGGGGAAUCCCUGCGUGGAGCCGUGAAUACCGCUGUUGAUCGGGCCUUCGGGUCUAACGAGGGGGCAGAGCGGAAUGCGGACAUCGCGCGUAAAGGCGAGGAGGAGAUUCGGUCAGGGAAGUUUGUGGGGCGCAGUUGAUUAUGUGUAUGAUGGAACUACUAUUGAGCUAUAUGCCUGUAUGAUGCGUUAGCCCAUAAUGUUGAACGUUAAAAUCUUGAAAUCUUAUGUGAGAUGCCAUCAUUGCGACGAUC